UUAAGGGAGUACAACAGAUACUCAUUGUUAGAGGUUUUAUUUCAUGAACCAUUAGAAGUUUAUGAGGAGAAAAAGGAAAGAAAAAGAAAAGCAAGUUCCUUUGGCUUGGGUGGCACAAAAAGCAAUAUCCUACUGACCACUAUACCAUAAAAUUUGACAUACCUUUCUUCUCUUGUAAACCAUUGUCUUUCCUCUCACCAAGUUUAGCAUAACCUUUACCUCCUUAACGACCAAGUAAUUCAUCUUCUACUUAUUACCAAACUUCUGAACAUAUACUCCAUACUUUAGUUUUGUUAUUUUCAAACACAAGAAAUAAACACAGAAAAAAAAAAAAAAAAAAAAAAAAAAGUAGUGAAGUGAGAGACUAAAAACAAAGAUAUGGGAGCUGAUUGGGGACCAGUGAUUGUUGCUGUUGCUUUGUUCAUUCUCUUAUCACCAGGAUUACUCUUCCAAUUUCCAGCAAGGGUUAGAGUGAUGGAAUUUGGUAACAUGAGUACUAGUGGAAUUUCUAUUUUAAUUCAUGCUAUUAUAUAUUUUUGUAUACUUACUAUACUAGUCAUUGCAAUUGGUAUUCAUGUACAUUUUAAUUAAAUCCAAAUUUAUUUUGGUUUAGACAUCACAAACAUGCCAUAAGUAUGUUUGUGUUUACAUUUUUUGUGUUUUAAUUUUUCUUUUAUGUUUUUUACAUGGGUUUCUUCAAUGAUGAUGUAACAAUGUUGAUUUAUUGUUCAAAGUGAAAAAGGAAAUGUAACUAAAGGAAAAAUAUUAUAUAUCUUU